AUGGUUGAACUCCCCUCGCGCACACCUUCCCAAGCCUCAGUCCCAUCUCUUCCGAUACUAAAGCAACCAACGUCCACGCUCGACAUGUCGAUAUCCUCCGAACGAAGCGAUUCGGACGACUCCGCUUCGGAUGCGAACAACGAACGACGAUGGUCUAAUGGCAUAUGCAGCGUCUCCGGUAACUGCAAGACUUUAUGUCUCGCGUGUUGCUGCCCGUGCAUCGUCUACGGGCAUAAUCAGCGUCGUUUUCACCACUUAAGACGACAUGGCACGUCCGAUCUCGAGAGCAGCGCAUCUUGCGGGGGACGCGCUUGUUGGAUACAUUGCUUGCUCACCUCCUUCAUUGGCUGCGGGUGGAUUCUUCAGAUUCCCUUUCGGAGACGUGUGCGGAGGCGGUACUCAAUCCGCGGAAGCCUUCUCGGGGACUGCUGUGCCUCAUUUUGGUGUAAUCCUUGCGCACUUACGCAGGAGGCCUUAGAGCUCGGGCUAGAAGAGCAGGGCGCACUCGCCGCUGUGCGCCGUCCGAACCUGGCGUAA